CAUUGCAUAUGUAUCUGCAUGUACCUCUGUUUCUCUCUCAUCUCAUCUAGUGAGAGAGAGUUUGACAGACAAUGAAGCCUCUCCUCCUGUAAUAAUAUUAUUAUUAAUAAAUAAUAUUAAUCUUCUUCUUCCUUCCACCAAACUCUUCUUCAAUGGCGCUCAUCUUCUUCAAUUAACUCUCUCUGCAUCCACACACAUUCAUCACCUACACAAAAUCAUCUCCACAACACAAUCGUUUCAUCAUCUCGAUGGUGAUUUGAUCGGUAAAACCUAGGGUUAGGGUUACGAAACACACUCGAUUGACAAAAUGCGAGUGAAGGAGAUGCAUCCGCUCUGUUGCAUAACACUCGAGAGUUCACCGAUCGGAGAUACCUCGCCGGAGGUCACGACGGCGUUAUCUAGGGCUUGUUCUGUUGCCGAUUUGAGAUCUGACGUCAAUGCGUUUGGAUUUACGUCAUCUGGAUCUGAUUCCGGUGCCGGAAGUAGCGGUUAUGCCGGUGUGUUGUGUAAGUGGACUAAUUACGGUAAAGGAUGGAGAUCCAGAUGGUUUGUGUUACGUAAUGGUGUGUUGUCGUAUUCUAAGAUCCACCGGCCGGAAAACCUAACCGCCGGUGAUGACGUCAGAUUCAUCGGUGACGUGUCUGUUGGAAGACUUAAAAGGCUUAAUAGCUGUGGAAGUAGGAGUAAUAAGCAUCAGAAAGGUGUUGGAAUUGUUCAUCUGAAGAUCUCGUCAUUUCGAGAAAGCAGAUCGGAUAGUAGACGGUUUUAUAUAUUUACGGCUACAAAGACACUUCAUCUGAGGUGUAGUUUGAAGGAAGAAAGAGCUGCUUGGAUAGACGCUUUGGCCUCUGCUAGAAACCUGUUUCCUCUAAGAAGAUUGAAUGAUAAAUUACCGAUUAUACCCACUGAUAUAUCACUCUCAACUGAAAAGUUAAAGCAACGUCUACUCGAAGAAGGCACCAGUGAGGCGUUAAUCAAGGAUUGUGAGCAGAUUAUGCUCUCAGAGUUUUCAGAAAUUCAAGGGCAAGUUAGACUUCUUUGUGAAGAACGGUCUAAUUUACUUGACACCUUGAGGCAGUUAGAGGCUGCUAAUAUUGAAACGGAAGUGUCUGGAGCUCCUACAAGCAGGUAUCAGCUGACACAACAUGAGUUUUCAGAUAUUCAACACUCAAAAUAUAGUGAAUGGAGUACAACUGAAUCAUCUGAUGAUGUGGAGAAACAAGAUCUUGAAGAAGCUUCAGAAGACGAAGAAACAUACUUCUUUGACACAAAAGAUCAUUUUCCUUGUGUAAUCAACCAAUCCGAUGUUACGGACGAAACAAAUACCAAAAGUUUGCAAUUUGAAAGAAGAAAAAAGCUUCCGGAUCCCGUUGAAAAAGAAAAGGGGGUCAGUCUGUGGUCAAUGAUUAAAGACAACGUUGGCAAGGAUCUCACACGCGUAUGUCUACCGGUUUAUUUUAACGAGCCCAUAUCAUCUCUCCAAAAAUGUUUUGAAGACCUUGAGUACUCUUAUCUUCUAGAUCGUGCAUAUCAGCAUGGAAAAGAGGGCAACAGUCUCCAAAGACUCUUGAAUGUUGCAGCGUUUGCGGUUUCUGGUUAUGCUUCGUCUGAAGGAAGGCAUUGUAAACCAUUCAAUCCUUUGUUAGGGGAGACUUAUGAAGCUGACUAUCCUGAGAAAGGAGUUCGUUUCUUUUCAGAGAAGGUUAGUCACCAUCCCACCCUGAUAGCUUGUCAUUGUGAAGGUCGAGGAUGGAAAUUUUACGGUGAUAGCAACAUACGAACCAAAUUUUGGGGGAGAUCGAUUCAGCUUGACCCUGUUGGACUUUUGACCCUCGAAUUUGACGAUGGCGAGGUUUUUCAAUGGAGUAAGGUCACCACCAGCAUUUAUAACCUUAUUUUGGGGAAAGUAUAUUGUGAUCAUCAUGGACUGAUGCAUAUACGCGGUAACCGGGAGUUAUCUUGCAAGCUCAGGUUUAAAGAACAGUCUAUUCUCGAAAGAAAUCCUCGUCAGGUACAUGGGUACGUUGAAGAUACAAACGGUAAAAAACACGCCACAUUAUUUGGUAAAUGGGACGACAGCAUGUAUUAUAUAAACGGAGAGGGAACUAGCAAGACAAAGGAUAUGGUUGAUGAAAAUUUGUUGUGGAAAAGGACUUUGCCUCCUGCUAAUCUCACUCGUUACAAUUUAACUUCGUUUGCUAUCACUUUAAACGAGCUAACACCAGGGCUAAAGGAGAAACUUCCAUCGACGGAUUCAAGACUCCGGCCAGACCAAAGGCAUUUGGAGAAUGGUGAAUAUGACAUGGCAAAUGCUGAGAAGCUACGACUCGAAACAAGACAGAGAAUGUCGAGAAAAUUACAAGAAAAUGGAUGGAAACCAAGAUGGUUUGAAAAAGACGGUGAAAACGGGACUUAUAAAUAUGUAGGUGGAUAUUGGGAAAAAAGAGAUGCGCAGGAUUGGGAAGAUUGCCCGAAUAUAUUUGGUGAAUUCCGGGAAGACAUUGUUAAUAAUAACUCCACAGUCGGAACCUGAAUUCCUUAAGAUGGACGGCUGGCCGACCUGCCUUAGGCUAGUUCUUUGAGAUUCUUAUUAUGAUGAUAUCAAGAGUUUGGGUGGUCGGGUUUGCAAAUGGAGAUGUGAGCCCAUGGCGCAUAGUACUUGUAAUUUCAUAUAUAGCGUAGCUGACAUAUUAGCAAAUUAAUUUAGAUGAGUCUACCCUUGUAUUGAUUUUGCUGAUAGAAAUAAAUGAAAAAAAAAAUAUGCCCAAAAUUGUUUAAAGGAAUUGUUCAGAUACUAGGUCUCAAGAACUUGUUAGAGAAGAAUGUAUUUAGGAAAACUGUCAAAGCAAAUAGUUGUAUGUUUAAGUUUUGUGAAUGCAAGUCUACCCAUUUUUCAACAA